GAUAUUGCCUCAAAUUUGUAGAGGUAUAAAUGCCAUCAAUUAUCAAACUCCUACGGUCCUACCCCAACCAACCUAGACCCAAAAAAAGUGCACAAAGAACCCCUACGGCCCUACGUGUCAGCACAAUGCACCGCCACGUGGACGCUCCGUCUUCAACCCAAUUGAUUCUCUAGUAGGGUUCCUCCGGUUAACUUUUUCCAUUGAUGAGAAAACUUCACUGGUCUGAAGCUCUUAUAGUUUGAUGUUUUAGGGGGAGAGAGAGAGAGAGAGAGAGAGAGAGAGAGAGAGAGAGAUAUAUAUAUAUACACACAUAUACAGAGAGAGAGAGAGUGGAAACGAAUUCUAGAGAGAGAGAGAGAGGGAGGGGAAUGGGGCAAGCAUUUCGUCGAGCAUCUGGAAGAAUACGAAGUACGAGUCUCGAUCCACUGUCGUCUUCUUCUUCUCCUUCUUCAGUGAAGAAGGCCGUUGAUAGCCGGCCGGCGGUGGCUCCGUCCGACAAGUUCACCGGAGAAACUGUUGGUCCAGGUUCCGAGGUUGAGCCAAGAAUUAAUGCAGAAAACAUGCUUGAAGAAAGGGAUCCGCAGUAUGAUGUUAUGCUUAAUCAAAUGGUGGGUAGAAUUAAAUCCAAACCUGGAGGGAAACUUGAGAUGGGGGAGGCGUCAGUGGUGGAUAAGUAUAAAAGGCCCAUGCCGAAACUGAGAAAUACAACGGUAGAUUCCGGCAGAUACGAGGAAAGGCCUGUUCCCCCAGGGACCCUAAACGUUGCACAGCUACGACACAUCAUUCUCUUGCAUCACGGCAAGGCCGAUGAUCACAGUGGGCCCAUGGAUGUCCACCAGAUUGCCGAGAAAUUCCGAGUUGAUGUCGCGCAGAUCCAAAAGAUUCUCCAAUCGGUGUCCUUGCCACCAGAGGACAGCAGUAGAAAGAGAGAUGAUCAGUGACUAUCUCUUGUUUUCAACCUUUCCGAUUAUUUCUCAUUCUCAACAGAAAUUGUGUAUCGAAAUUCAAGACCGUCUAUUGUUCGAAUCGGUCACAAAAAUUUUGAUCGAGCAGAGUCCGAUGGUUAAGCGUUCAUGAGUUAAAUCUUUUGGGAAUUCCUAUUGUAACCAAUAAUUGACAAAACGUUCUACAUGGUUUAUAAGAUAAAGAAGUUGGCUUA